GUAAAUUGUUCUGCCUUAUUUCCCAAGCCAGCACCCUAACGUCCUAUAAUAUAAACUCUUAUAUAUGGCCAUGAAAACUCCAUUCCAGGCAAGUAGAAAAACAAAAAAUCUGACAAAGGAAGAGAAGAAAGAAAAGCAAAGAAGAAGAAGAUGGGAGGAGGAACAGAAGCUUUCCCAGAUUUAGGAAGACAUUGCCAACUAUCUGACUGUCAUCAGCUCGAUUUUCUACCCUUUACCUGCCAUGCCUGUCAAAAGGUAUUUUGUGUGGAGCACAGAUCCUGCAAGUCUCAUGAAUGUCCAAAAUCCGACUAUAACAGUCGAAAGGUUUUGGUCUGCGAAAUUUGUUCUGUGUCUAUUGAGACUACCGGCUUUCAAGGUGAAGAUGAUAAAGCGAUAUUACAAAAACACGAGAAAUCUGGGGAUUGUGACCCUAAGAAGAAGAAGAAACCUACCUGCCCGGUGAAGAGAUGCAAGGAAGUUUUGACCUUCUCGAACACUAGCACUUGCAAGACUUGCCGGAUUCAAGUUUGCCUCAAACACCGCUUUCCUGCUGAUCACGCCUGUAAACCGAAUUCUUCAACAUCACAGCCGUUGGUUAAGGAUCGAACGGAAGCAAAUAACAAGUUUUUGACUGCUUUGGCGGCAAGAAGUGGAAAUGAUUGUGGGAACAAGAAUCGUGCCUCAUCAUCUUCACCCCCUACUAACCCAUCUGUUAAAGCUUGUUGAUUGUUUCAGAUACAUUAUUAUGUCCUUUUGUAAUUACACUAUUAAGUGCUUAUUAAUUGAAAACAAUGUUGUUA